AUGACCUUGGACCAAGACAACAUCCGCGCGCGCUUCUGCCAUGCCCUCUCGGAAAUGUACAAAGCCGAAGUCCCCCUGUACGGGGACCUCGUCGACCUCGUCUGGCAAGCCGACGCAGAAGCCCUCCAGUCCAGCCAGCAGCAGCAGCUCAGCAACACCACAAUCAAUCCAGACGAGAUCCUCCCCGCCCGGAACCGCGUCGAACGACACGGCGCCAUCCGCCUCGGCACCCCGCGCGAACUCUCCACCAUCCGCCGCAUGUUCGCCGUCAUGGGCAUGAGCCCCGUGGGGUACUACGAUCUGAGCACCGCCGGGUUCCCCAUGCACGCGACGGCGUUCCGGCCGCGCACGCGCGAGGCACUCGCCCGGCAUCCGUUCCGGGUGUUCACGACCGUGCUGCGGAUGGAGUUGGUGAGUGAGCGGACGAGGGCGCUGGCGGAGCGGGCGCUCGCGCGGCGGGAGAUCUUCAGUCCGCGGCUACUGGAGCUACUCGAUCUGGCGGAGAGAAAGGGGACGCUGAGCGGUGCGGAGUGCGACGAGUUCAUCGCCGAGGGGCUAGGGGCUGGAUACCUUCCGGUGGCAUUCGCGCGCGACGGUCACGCUGGAGGAGGCGAGCAUCCGCUCGUCGCGGAUAUCGUCUCCUUCCCCAGCUGCCACAUCAACCAUCUGACGCCGCGGACGAUCGACAUCGACCUCGUGCAGAGGAUGAUGCGCGAGCGCGGGAUGCCAGCCAAGGAACGCAUCGAGGGGCCGCCGCGCCGCGCGCAUCCCAUCCUGCUGCGUCAGGCGAGCUUCAAGGCGCUGGAGGAAACGGUGUAUUUCCGUGACGCGCGGAAUGAGUACGUGAGGGGCUCGCAUACGGCGAGAUUUGGCGAGGUCGAGCAGCGGGGGUAUGCCCUCACGCGGAAGGGGCGCCAGCUGUACGAUCAGAUUCUUGCGCGGGUGAAUCGCGAGGCGGGUGGCUCGGUGGUGUAUGCGACGAUCCUGAGGAAACACUUCGAGGAGUUUCCUGAUGAUCUGGCGCAGCUUCAGGCGCAGAAACUGGCUUUCUUCUGUUAUUCGGUGACGCCACAUGCGUCGAAGAGGGAUUAUCAGGGCAUCGACUACGAGCCCAUCACGUACGAGGAUUUCCUGCCUUUAUCCGCUGGGGGCAUUUUCAAUUCGAACUUGGCCAACACGUCACAGGCUAAGCAGCUGAUAAUGGAGGCUGAUACUGAUCUGGAUGGAUUUCAACGGAUGCUGGGGGCUCCUGUGUUGGACGAGUUUUGUCUGUACGAGCAGAUCCAGCAGGAGAGUUUGGAGACUUGUCGCCAGCAGUUGGGAGUUGGAUCCAUUGAAGGCGACAGUGACAUUAUUUCAUUCCAUUAG